AUGGAGGAUGUGAUGCAAGUCAUAAAGGGAAAAGAUAUUGCAGCCAUAGAUAGUUUGGUGCAGAAGACCAACUUACCGUUCAGCCCCUCGGUUAUGAAAUGCCCAUUGCCGAGCAAAUUUAGAAUGCCCUCAAUUGAAAGUUUCGACAGAACUAAAGAUCCCAUCGACCACUUGGAGACUUUUCAAGCGCUAAUGCAUUUGCACGUGAUGCCAGAUGAGAGCAUAUGCAGGGCUUUCCCAACAACUCUCAAAGGAUCAGUACGAGUGUGGUUUAACAAGCUAAAGCCAGGGACCAUCGAAACCUUUAAAGAAUUGAAUAAGCAUUUUGUGGGACACUUCAUUGCUGGCCAGAAGCAUAGAAGGUCGGCUACCUACCUUCUUACUAUAAAGCAGCAGAAAGGAGAGUCACUGCGAGACUACAUUGGUCGUUUCAAUACGAAAAUGUUGCAGGUGGAGGAAGCGGAUGACAAGGUGGCUUUAGCCGCCUUUAUGGGAGGACUCCAAACCUCGAGAUUUCUCUUCUCUUUAUCAGAAGAACCCCCUACCAGCAUGGCCGAGUUACUGGUUCGAGCUAAAAAACAUAUGAAUGCUGAAGAUGCAAUGAUGGCAAGAAAGGGGAAAGAAGGGGAUGAUAAGAAGGCAGACAAGAAAAGGCCAGCUCUGAUAACCAAAGAUGAAAAGGAAACCAAGUAUAAGAAACCUAUGAUCAACCAGAAUGAAAGGGCAUCUCGCUAUAAGAGCGUGGAGAGAUAUACAAAUUACACUCCUUUAAAUAUGCCAAUAGAUCAAGUUUUUCUGCAGAUCCAGGAUGAACCAUAUCUGAAGUGGCCACCAAAAUUGAAGUCAGACCCGGCGAGGAGACCUCGUGAUAAGUACUGUAGGUUCCAUAAAGACCAUGGGCACGCCACAGAGGAUUGCUUCGACCUCAAGGAUCAGAUUGAGACUUUGAUCCGAAUGGGACAUAUGCGAAAAUUUAUUAUGGGGAAUGACAGAACCGACGUUAAUCUACCAAAAGCAGGCCGAGAUAACCGCCUCCGUGAUCAACAACCAAUGGGAGAAAUCAGGGUCAUAGCUGGGGGAUGUGCAGGUGGUGGAGAAUUAAGCUCAGCCCGUAAGGCCUAUGCCAGGAGAAUGCGAAACUCAUCUGAAGUUUGCGAAGUUGGAAUACAGAAUCCACACCGAAAAAUGCCACGUCUAGGUGAUCCUGUUAUCACAUUCUCAGAUGAAGAUAUUAAGGACGUGCAACAACCCCAUAACGACCUCUCGUUGUCACCAUGA